AUGCAGGGCCAAUACGCUCAAGGUUUGCGUUGCAACGGCCAGGAGGUAGCAGCUUCCGCCAUCAAUGACAACUAUUGCGACUGCGAGGAUGGCUCGGACGAACCAGGCACCGGAGCAUGUUCCGGCCAAGAGGGCACGUUGUUCCACUGUGCCAAUGUGGGAAGCACACCUCGAUUGGUCUACGCCUCCCGAGUUGGUGAUGGAAUUUGCGACUGCUGCGACGGUUCUGAUGAGGACCAUCAGGUCACAGCCGCAAAGUGCAGCAACACCUGCAAGGAAGAAGGCGAAAGAUCUCGCGCUGAAAGAGAAGCAAAGUUGAAGGAUUUGCGUGCUGGUCUUCAGGUGAAGACCGAGACAAUUUCCCAGGCGAAGCAACAGAAGCAGGAGAAAGAAGCUGAGAUUCACAGGAUCGACCAAGAGCUGCCGGCCUUGGAGACGAAGCUCACGGAGCUCAGGCAGAAGAAGGAGGAAGCAGAUGCAGAGAAAAUGCAAGCAGAAUGCAAAACUGAGCUCCCCAGGCUCAGACAAAGAGUGAAAGAGCUCGAGGAGAAGGUGGCUUCUUUGGAGAAAGACUUAGUCGCAGGAGAUGGGACCACCACCACCACGACCAAGAAAGUGGUGUCCGAAUACGCCAAGUGGAUGGAAGGGGCGGAUGCCGCCAUGGAGGAAGACAUGGCAGAUGAGGACGAUGGCGUGGAAAGCCCUACGGCUCCAGCACCAGCACCUCCUGAACCGGAGAACCCCAGUGAAGAUCCACUGGAGAAGGAACUGAAAGAGAUGGAAAGCCAAGUGAAGAGCCACAAGGAUUCCAAGUCUCGAUUGAAGAAGGAACUGGACGAACUGCCAGAGGACAAACUCGGCUUCGCCAGCCUAAGAGACAAAUGCCUCGAGUACAAGACUUCCGAGUACACCUACAAGCUGUGCUUCUUCCAAGACGCCAAGCAGUCGCACACACGACUGGGCCAAUGGGAGCGUUUUACGAGUCCAACAGAGGCGAUCUUCAAAAAUGGCGAGAUGUGUUUCGGUGGUCCGGCGAGAAGUUUGACGGUCACCUUCCAAUGCGGUGCCACGGAGGAGGUCCUGUCGCUGGACGAGCCCUCCAGGUGUUCCUACGCCGCCGUGGUGCGGCACGCGGGCGCUUGCAUCGAGACCAUGCAGCAAGAUUUGGAAUCGCCACGCACCCGACAUCCCAAGGAGAGACGGAUGACAGGGACAGGGAUGGACAGGGCCGCCGGAAAGGGGGAAAGGAGGAAUUGUGAGACUCUGUGGGUCGCGCUGUCGCCCCGUGUCGCCCCGUUGCCCUGUCGGGUUCAGAAACUGCACAAGGUGUUCAUGCUGUUCAUUGUGGUUCGAAGCGAUGUUUAUCUCCACAAUCCAAGAGGUUCCAACAACAAGCUUAGUGAGCAGCAGAACAACGCCCAAAAUCAGAAUCGGCUGUUCGACUCGCAGAACAACGCAGCAGGUGGCUACCAGAUUGGCGAUGCUUGUCAACCUGUCUGCCAGAACGAAAACCGGGACUACGACGAAACCAAAGAGGGAGCCAUGAAGGGCACCUUGACCUACUACCAUGGCUCCGAGCUCUACAUUGAGUGGGUUGUCCAGCAUGGUUGUGGUGUGGACCAGCCAAACAUCAUUUGCCAAAUGAUUCUCCAGUACAUGUGUGAGAAGGACAACCCCGGAUUGCGCGAUGGCACCAAGCGCGGCAACGAAAACACCGCAGGUGGAGAAGAGGAGCCCCCUACGGAGUUGGAUGCUGCCGAGCCUGCGCUGGGGCAGCACGAACCCUUACAGUUCUACUUGGACUGUAAAACGCGAGAACGGCAGAAAGGCCUCUACACUGCCGACCAGAACGUCAACGACAACCGCGGUGCUACAGCAACCAGGCAGAAUCCAGGUGGGAACAACGUGCCGAAGCGGCAAAUUGAGCUGAAGUUCCACGAAAUGAUGCGACACGGCUACUGCACAGAGGCAGCUCACAACAGCCCAGAGUCCUGCGUGGAUGGCGGCGGCGAGUGGAAGGAAAAAGAAGCCUUCGAUGAGCCUGCGCCGGAUUGUGUUGCAGGGGUUUCGUCCAGAGACAACCACAACGGCAAUGCACGGGGUGGGAAGCCGAACUACUACCUGUGGAAGAUCCCAGAUCACAUCGAGGAGGGUCGCUGCGUGCUGCGUUUGCGCUACAACAUGACGAGUGGCGACUUCAGAUCCAAGGCGCUGGCCACCACGGAGGGACCCGCCACGUCCCUGUUGAGAGAUGUGGGAGAUGACUACUUCCAUGUGGACAAGGCAAUGAACGAUCCAAACCCUGGAACUCGUCGCCGCACCGUCUUCAAGGGAGGUCCACCGGUUCUGCCGCAAGAUCCUGUGGGAGAUUGGUUGGAUCUGGGAGAGGACCACCGCUUGCAGUUGCAGGUGAAUACCAACCAGUAUGGCCGCACCUUCGAAGAUCGGACCCACACCUUCUUCGUGCGGAAACGUCCCAACGACGUGAGCAGUUCCACCCGCAUCGUGAAUUACAACGUGCGUGGCCGCCGCGGAAACAUCGUGCAGGUCUACCCCUCAGUGGAGUACGACUUCGUUCCUCAGGAUCUGACCGUUGAGGUUGGCGACUACCUCCACUUCCAAUGGACCACAGCUUAG